AUGGAUUCGGGAGGCGGAGGAGGGAGCGGCGCGCACAAGGCAGCCUCGGGCUCCGCGCCCUCGCCGGCGCCGCCGGCGCCUAACCCCACGGCGAUGCUCUCGGCGCUCAUGAGCAAGCGCGCCAAGCUCCAGGAGGAGCUUCGCUCCAUCGAGCGCCAGGUUUAUGAUAUGGAGACCACCUACCUACAAGAGUCUAAUCAAUUUGGAAGUGUGCUGAAGGGUUUCGAAUCUUUUUUGUCAUCCUCAAAAAACACCUCUAACCUUAAGCGCUCUCGGAAAUUUCAGGCUGACGAGAGGUUAUUCUCUCUAUCAUCAGUUACUUCUCCAGCGGUUGAUGAACAUUUGGCUGGACGAGAUGAUGGAAGGGAGUAUGGAGCAGGUCGUUCAAAGGGUGGAAGCACCCCUGCAAAUGGGCAAGGCAAACCGAAGAAGGGAGGGCGCCCUGUUGGGCGAGAUGGCAAGAGACUACGGCCGAAUGAUCCAGACCUGGACGACGAAGAUGUGUUUGAGCUGAUGCGGAAGCAGGAGGAGACGCGCCUCACUGAGCUGGAGGCCGAGAAGGUCCAAUACGCCAUCCACGAGAGGCUCAGGGACAUGGAGAGGAUGCAGAAAAAAGCUGAAGAUUACAGAAAUAGUUUGCAACAAGAAGCUCAGGCAAAAGCUCAAGCAUUACGCUAUGAGGAUGAAUUAGCUAGAAAAAGAAUGCAGACAGAGCAUGCUGCACAGAGGCGACAGGAUGCUGAACUUGUGAAGAUGCAAGAGGCAUCUGCCCUCAGGAGAGAAGAAGCUAGGCGUGCAACAGAACAGAAGAUUUUGGAAGAAAUGAUACGGACUGAGAAGGAAAAGGCUGAAAUAGACCAGGAAAUAAACAGAGUUAAAGCUUUAGCAGAAGCACAAGCUCGCGUUCAUGAAGAGAAGCAAUCAGAAGAAGUUACAAAAAGAAUGAUGUUGGAACGUAUGAAGGGUGAAAAGGAAAAGUGGCUCUCUGCAAUAAAUACAACCUUUUCGCACAUUGAAGGUGGAUUCAAAGCGUUGUUAACUGAUAGGAGCAAACUAAUAAUGGGUAUUGGAGGAGUUACUGCACUGGCUGCUGGAGUUUAUACUACUAGGGAAGGUGCGAGGGUUACAUGGAGUUACAUCAAUAGAAUCUUGGGUCAGCCUUCGCUGAUCCGUGAAUCAUCAAUGCCAAAGUUCCCACUACCAAUGUCUAGGUUACUCAAACCUAGCUCAGCAUCUUUGUCGAGGGGAGCAGGCUUUGAGAAUGUUAUUCUGCACCCUUCACUCAAGCGGAGGAUUGAACAUCUUGCACGAGCAACUGCAAAUACAAAGUCUCACGGUGCACCAUUCCGCAACAUGCUGUUCUAUGGACCUCCUGGAACUGGCAAAACUUUAGUAGCCAGGGAGAUGGCUCGCAAAUCUGGCCUGGAUUAUGCCAUGAUGACGGGAGGAGAUGUUGCACCCCUAGGAUCAGAGGCUGUUACCAAGAUCCAUCAAAUAUUUGACUGGGCUAAGAAGUCCAAGAAAGGCAUGCUGGUUUUCAUUGAUGAAGCUGAUGCAUUCUUGUGUGAGCGUAACAGUACCCAUAUGAGCGAAGCUCAGCGGAGUGCUCUCAAUGCAUUAUUGUUUCGAACUGGCGACCAAUCCAGGGAUAUUGUCCUUGUCCUGGCAACAAACAGACCGGGUGACCUUGAUGCUGCUAUCACUGACCGCAUUGAUGAAGUCAUAGAGUUCCCCCUGCCUGGGGAGGAGGAGAGGUUUCAACUGCUCAAGCUAUACUUGAACCAAUAUAUACUCAAGGAAGAGGGCAAAGGAUCUUCUUGGGGUGCAUUAUUCAAGAAGCAGCAGCGGAAGAUUCAGGUGAAUGGCAUAAGCGACGAUUUGCUCAGGGAAGCUGCAAGGAAGAUCGAUGGCUUCUCUGGCAGGGAGAUUGCGAAGCUGGUGGCUAGUGUGCAAGCUGCUGUUUAUGGCCGGCCUGACUGUAUAUUGGAUCCCCAGUUAUUUUCGGAGGUGGUUGACUACAAAGUGACUGAGCAUCACCAACGCAUCAAGCUUUCUUCUGAGGGUAUGGUUUGA